GUGGAUGUACCAAAAUUUACAAAUUCAUACUUUCCAUCCAAAUUAAAUUUCAUAAAUUUGGAAGGGCAUUCACCCGCUCACCAACCCUGCGUCUGCCCUUCACCCAUCAAACCCACCAACUCUUUGAAAUCCUCUCCUUCUUAUUUAUUCCUUCCCCAACACAGUCUUUGUGAUUAACGACGCCUAAUUUCCCUGCAAUCUCACUCUUCUACCCAUUCAGAUCUACUUGUCGAUUUUGCAUUUAAGCAAUCGCUGUUCUUUUCCUCUCUCGUCGUCUUCAUAUUCAAGUCCAACUAAAUGGGUGACACCAAAAAGGUCUAUACUCUGUCCGAGGUCUCCCAGCACAACCAUUCCAAGGACUGUUGGCUCAUCAUCGAAGGCAAGGUAUAUGAUGUUACAAAAUUUUUGGAAGAUCAUCCAGGUGGUGAUGAGGUUCUGUUGUCAGCCACUGGGAAGGACGCGACUGAUGACUUUGAGGAUAUCGGCCACAGCAGCAGUGCUAGGGGAAUGAUGGAGGAGUUAUGUGUUGGUGAAAUUGAUAAGUCAACCAUUCCAUCCAAGACAAGCUACAAACCCCCAAAUCAGCCUCACUACAACCAGGACAAGACCAACGAGUUCGUCUUCAAGCUCUUGCAGUUCUUAGUUCCUUUGGUUAUUCUUGGUGUUGCUGUUGGCAUUCGUUUCUACACCAAGCAACCAUCGUCUUAAAACGAAUCUUAUUCUUCUUCUUCUCCUACAAAUCUGAAUAAUUUGAAUAAUAAACGUGUUUAAUGCAGUCAUUUGUUCCUCCUCCCAAUCCCAGCCCGGAAAAAUACUUUUUUUUUUCACAUUAAUCUGCUCUACUCUAGAGAUACUAUGAAAAGAGUGUUUUGAUUUGUGGUAAUGUCUUAAUCAAAUGCCCUUAGACAGUUCAAAUUUUUGUUUUUACUUGUACUGCAUUUCCAAUUUUCUUAGUUUCAUGCAGUGUUUAUUGAUAUUCCAUUGUGAUUUGUGGCAUUUGCCAUUUCUUUUAUCUUUAAUAAAAAAACACAUCUGGG